AACUUACGAAAACACUGUGAUUCCCGGGCCGUGGAGCGGGUCCACGUCGCCCGUAACCCGUUAACCGUCCGAUCCACCUAACUCGCUGCCUCGACCGUCCGAUGCGGCUCGGGCCGGGUCUGUCGCCCGUUAUUCCACGCAUCCGGGCACUCGGGAACCUUCGCGAACCCGCUCCCAGGCCGGCCUAUCCCCUCCACGGCCGCCGCCUGCGCCUCCCCACACCUGCCACGCCGGCGCAGCGGGCCCCAACGCUGGCCCUCGCCCACACUGUCGUCGUCUUCCACCGCGGCCGCGACGCUUUGCUUCGAGUUUCGCCGACGCAACGACAACCUCCCCUACCUCUCCUACUGCGUCCUGUUUCUCGCCUGGGUCGCGGCCAUCCUCCCCGUCGUCGGUCGGCUCCUCGCGCUGGCGGCGGCCCGUGGCCGUGGACCCCCUUGCGGCCGCGCCUCCUCGCACCGGGUGGCCGAGGCCAGGGCAGCGCGCCACCUCCGGCCGGCCCCCAGCCACUGGCCACCGCGAGGGGAGGGGUCGCGCGCCGCCACCGGCCAGGAGAUAAAGGUGAGAGAGGGGGGGAGGUGCCUCGGCCAGGGGCCAGCCCCUCGCGGCAGCGGCCGAGGGACCCGCAGAGCUCGCGCCCCGUUCGCUGGCGUCGCCGCUCCGCGCCGCUUGCCCCUCCCCUGCUGCGGCGGGCGACGUUCCGUGGCAGCGCCUACCGCCUCCUCCCCGUGAAGCAAGCAGGCGACAUAGCACGGCUUCCCAGCCAGGCGGCAGCGCGGGGAUGGCUGGCUUGGCUUGGCGCGGCGGUCGGGGGCCCAACCUCCACGGAUUCAGAUCAAGAGGCCGAUGAUUGCAGAUACAACCGAUGCGAGCAGGCUCCUCCACACCUACCAUCUAGAGUCACGCCUAAGAGAAGAGCGGGAACAACGGAAUCGUUUUAUGCUUGUCUGAAUCUCACGAUCGAUUUCUACCUCCAGGCUGGGCAUAGUGGAUCUCUUCAGGCUGCUAUCUCCAUGCAGAGACGCCUCCUCGUCCUCAGUAACAUUGCUCACCAAAUUAUUGAGGAUUUGGCUUGUGUUCAUGCGAAUUUCCUGUUGCUUCUAUAUUAUUUUAGCAUCUGCUGGGGCGACAAGCCAGCACAGAGCACAUUUGGUGGCCGCCAUGGCUCCUUUGGACGUGGCUUUGGAAGCCACCGGAGCAAAAGAAGAAGCCUUCUUGAUGCCAGCCCCUACUACAACAAGAAUUCCAGAAUAACAAGAAUUCCAGAUGUCCGAUUGUGCAGCAUCUCUAACUUACGAAAACGCUGCGAUUCCCGGGCCGUGGAGCGGGUCCACGUCGCCCGUAACCCGUUAACCGUCCGAUCCACCUAACUCGCUACCUCGACCGUCCGAUGCGGCUCGGGCCGGGUCUAUCGCCCGUUAUUCCACGCAUCUGGGCACUCGGGAACCUUCGCGGACCCGCACCGAGGCCGGCCUAUCCCCUCCACAGCCGCCGCCUGCGCCUCCCCACACCUGCCCCGCGGCUCGCCGCUCUCCCCCACUGGCUGGCCGAGGCCCCCCUGUGGCUGGCUCCUUGCGGCGACGGCCGAGGAACACGCAGCCGGCUCCUCCAGCAAAAAAGCAGCGAGCGCGAGGGGAGGCCCCCCCGCAGCUGACUCCUCGCGUCGGCGGCCCACGGCCACGCCACCAGCGGCUCCUCCAGCAGAGCGGCAGCAAGGUUGGGGGAGGGGACGCAGUCUCCCCUGCCUUUUUCUCUUGCCCAGAUCUUCGCAAGGAACUCCGAAGGAACACCGUCGCAAGCUCUUCGCUGGGAGCCUGGUACCCAACCACCGCAAAUUGUCCAGGUAAUUUGUUUUCCUCUCUGCCGCCUAGCUGUUAGAGAUCACUGCGGCUGCCCUCCGCUUAGUUUAAUCUGUAUAAAUUAGUACUAUUCAGUUAAUGUGUAGUAAUUUCGUAGCCUGACAUGCAAAUCGAAUUUAGUGCUGCGGCCUCAUCUCUGUUGUGUAUCUUUGGUUAGAUUUGUUCUAUCCUGUAGCACUUCACUGGAAACCAAUCACUAAUUGUAAUGCGUGUUUAUCUAUACUUACAAUAACAAUAUAAUAAUUCAAAUUUGCUUUGUACUUUCAGGAAGCCAAAAGAACAACCUAUCCCGAAUUAAAAAGAAAUAAUAGUUAACAGCUAUGUAACAUAAACAAGUUUGUUCUUGAUGCAUCAUGAAAAGAUAAACUGUUGAAUUACUAUCGGUAAUCGUGUUGGUGCUGUCAUUCAACUCAAACAGGACAAAUGAAAUAUAACUUCCAAACACUCGAACUCGAAGUAGUAUGCAAUAGUCAACUUUGAUCUUAUCUUACUUGUGCUUCUGUUGUAUGUUCCCUGCCACUCUUACCUCAGGCUAGGAAUUAUCGAGGAAUUUAAGACUUCAGUCUAUGUUGAAAAUUAUGACCAAGAGGAGGCUGAAUUUCACAAGCCAACAACAUAUUUAUCAUACUUUUAAGUUUUAAGCACUUAUUCUUUUAGUUAGAUGCAUCCAUUACCAACUCUAGAUGAUUCAUUGCCUCUGGUAUAAUGGCUCAUACCCUAUUGGAUGAGGCUCACCACCUACCAUGAUCAUUGAAGUUGUCUAAAGUAUGUUGUUCAGUUAUGUGCUUAUCAAAAUCUUUGUAAGAUAUCUUUCCUAUAUCCAGCAAUGAAAUGUUUGCGUAGUAGUAUCUGACACUAAGAAGACAAGUCUUUUGACAGUAUAUUUAGGUUCCUGGAAUUGUCUUUGCAAGAGGACCUGCAUUGCUGUGUUGAUUCUACUGAGCAGGUUAGAGUUAUUGGAAAUUUUGUUUGGAACCUCCAACUGGAAUGCUAGAUGAUGAAAAAGGUGAUUUGGUUGGCACCGCAGUCUGUGAGGUUAGCAACUUUUCUUAUCCUAAUCUAACGAGUAUUUAAGUUCAGGUAUUAUUUUUAGGGAAUAAGUCAGGCUUGUUGGUCCUGCCUGAUAUUGGUUCACAUUUGACAUACCACAAUAUAUCAUUGUUGCUGUCAUAUUUCCUACUUGAACCUGCAAAGCAUGAUCUGUAACUGCUGACUGGUUAAAGAAAAAACUGGUAACCUUUUUUUCAGUUUGCUAACAUCUGAUGCAAUCAUGCAGCUUCUAUUCCAGAAAAGAAUUGUCCGAGUAGGCCGGGUAACUCAGUUUUGCCGGAGAUUAGGCAACAUUGAGUAGGUAAUCUUUAUUUGGAAUCUUACAUGAGCAUAAUUUAGUCCUCUUGAGAGGCUAGCCCUGCAAGAUCGGUGCUGGACUUGGGAGCGUCGGCGACGCCACAAUCUUCAGCAGUCAGUGGAGUGCGCCCUCUGCGCGCAGGAGGACGAGUCCAUCGACCACCUCCUGCUUAGUUGCGUCUUUAGCAGGGAGGUUUGGUUCAGGACUCUAAACCCGCUGGGUUUGGCCGCUCUAGCUCCCUUGCCGGUAGAUUCACUUGCAGAUUGGUAGCUUGCAGCUCGGAAGCAGGUCCCAAAGGCGCAUCGGAAAGGGUUUGACUCCCUUGUCACCCUCGUCUGCUGGUCGCUUUGGAAGGAGCGUAAUAGUCGUGUCUUUGAGGGUAGAUCGGAGCAGCCGUCUGUGGUUUGCUCCAAGGUAGCGAGCGAGAUCUCAGUGUGGGUCUUAGCUGGUUUUGUGUCCCUUAGGUCGCUCAGCGUUGUUGUGUAAUUAAACCUUAAAGAUAGGGGGCGGUGCUCGGCACCGUGUAAUACUCUUAAGUGCCAGGAUCACUUAGGUGAUCUUAGUACUUGGUCGCUCUCUUUCCGCUUAAUGAAAUAACGUGCUUCGUCACGUUCGUGAAAAAAAAGAUAUGAAAAAUGUGACCAACUGUGAUAUGGAGCAUCAACCGAAUUACAAGUUGCUGAUUUUUGCAAAUUCAGUCUGUAGCUGCAUCUGCCAACAUUCCUGCAAAGCUUUUGAUUUCGUGGUAAAGUUGGAAGGGUUAAAGCAUCAUGCUACUUGGCAUUUCUGAGAAGUUCGCUUGUAGCGGCAGCCAUGUGGUUUUUAGAAGUGCCGGGAAGCUUUUCCGAGCUUGACGGGAGCCACCGACCACCAGGAUGCCAGCAACAUCGACGUCCACUUGCCCAAGCUAAAGCCCCAAGGUGAGAGAGGGUGUGGACAACACGGGGACUGCUCCACUUCCUUGCCGUGCGCAGGGACAAGGCAAUGCUGUGACAAUUUCCCCUGCGCGAGCCAUGCCAGGAAGAUAUUUGUCGAUAUGGAUAAAAGAGGUUUAUAUAUGACAACUGUAUGCACAUUUCGUAGUAAUGAAUUUUGUUCUCUGUUGGACUCUUCAGUUUUAUACAGUAUUGGUGGUCAACAAGAUAUAUGUUGUUAGUAACAUAGCUGUUGUUUGAACAAAUAUGACUACUGAAUAUGCAUGAAACUCACUUAAGAAUCUCAAACUUGAGCCUUCAUAUUUGGUUUCUCUAUGACUUGGUUGUGUCAGCUAUAUCUAUUGUAUCGUGCUCUGCUAUACAAAUGAAAGUUUGGUUUCAGGAGCUGCGCCUCCGUAAAUUCACUCUUUAUUUUCCCUCAAGGUUACACACGGCUUAAAUAUUGGUCCAUGCGGCAAGGCCGCUUGGUCUUUCUAGUAUAAGAACCGUGCUUCCUUCUAAUCUGUUUUCCCGUUUUCACUGUGCUUCCUCCUCCUGGACAGGGUUUUCACCAUCCCCUUGAGUAUCUUCCAGAACCAAAACACGUUCAUUACUGCCACGGCUGAUGGAACUGCCACCAAGCUGUAGAAUCCUAAGGUGAAGAUGGACCUCGCCUGUGACACAAGAAUGCCAGAAGCAUUAUGAUAAGAGGAUGAAAAAAUUAACAAAUUUCUGUACAGUUUAAACAUAACGCAUUUGCUCUUUCUGUUUUUUGUUUUAAGAAAACACCAGUAAAAUGGCAAGGGCAGUGGAAAAUUCACACUUUGUUGUGUUAACAACAAACUUCCUGUAACCAGAUAACUAAAGUUCGGCACAGCAGUACCUGAUGAUAUAAUGAUAUAAUGAUUACUGGUAUAAA